AACACAACGGUUCCACGAAGGCACGAGGUUCAGCUUUCCAACAGCCUAUACAUUCCCGAGGAGCGGACUGUUCCUAUACCAAUACCACACUCAGUUGCUUGGGAGCACGCAGGGUUGGUCCCAAACGGCAACUCCUCCCCUGUGAAAAUGGCUACAUUUCGCCGAUUUCGACCCGACGAUGUGAACAAGUUCUCAAAGUGCAACCUCGAUCCGCUCACCGAAACAUACGAGCUCAACUUCUAUCUUCAAUAUCAUGCAAAAUGGCCGUCACUCUUCCAGGUUUGCGAGGACAUUGAUGGGAAUAUCGUCGGAUACAUCAUGGGGAAGGUUGAAUCCUCGCCAGAUGCCUACAAAUUCUCCGAGCAUUACCUACCGUGGCACGCCCACAUAACGGCCCUCACUGUUGCCCCAGAGGCGCGAAGAUCUGGCAUUGCCAAGAUUUUGACCGACCAGUUGGAAGUUGCGGCUGAUGCAGAAAACGCCUGGUUCGUGGAUCUAUUUGUCCGGAGAAGCAAUGAGCGCGCCAUCAAGCUUUACAAAAGUCUGGGCUAUAGUGUUUUCCGCGUGGUCAGGGACUAUUAUGGUGACCAUGCGACUGACCCUACCCAGUCAGGCGAGGAUGCCUUCGACAUGCGCAAGCCGAUGAAGCGAGACAAGGACCAUCAACACAUUCGGGAUGACGGAGAGAACCACGUGGUUGAUCCUGAGGACGUGUGGUAA